AUGCCAACAGAAAGGCCCUCAACCCCGCCUUCGCAGCCCAAGGGCUCGGGGGCAGGGCAACUUCCUCGUGCUUCUAUGACUCCAGAACAACAACGGAGGAUGGAAAUUAAUCGCAUGAAAGCUAAAGCUCUUCGAGAGAGACGUGAAGCCGAACUAUCCCAAGCUGCCUUAAACACCUCCCAGCCUACAGCAGGUGCCAAACGCUCGUUCACCUCGAUGGCGGCAUCAAAUCAACCUGCUAAUAUGCGCGAUGCAUCUUCUUCAAAUCGCCCACUGGACUCGAUAAAGCCAGCCCGAAAUUUCGCAAGCUAUGUCGACUAUGAUUUUAGCAAGAUGACCGACACGAAAGGUGGAUUUUUGACACAGGAGGAUGACCCGUUCAACAAACAACUACACGUGCCAGAUGGGAAAGAAGUACAAAAACCAGCACAUAUGACCCAGAAGGAGUGGGAACGCCAUCAGAUACUCCAAUCACUAAAGCGAAAUCGGGAAGGGCCUUUUGAACCAGGUCUAAGUGUCCUAGAUGAUAAAAGCAAGCAGAAGACAUGUCGUGAAUGUGGCAGUCUCGAAAUUGAUUGGAAAUGGGAAGAGGAGCUGAAGUGUUGCAUCUGUCAUGCCUGCAAGGAGAAGCACCCGGAGAAAUACAGUUUGUUGACCAAGACGGAAGCCAAGGAAGAUUAUCUCUUGACAGAUCGUGAGUACUUAAUUAUCGUUUAUGAAAAGAGAGUUGUGCUGAUCACUCUUUGCACAGCUGAACUUCGAGAUGAAGAGCUCCUUCCACGGCUCGAGCGUCCAAAUCCACACAAAUCUACAUGGAAUAGCAUGAUGCUGUAUCUACGAUACCAGAUCGAAGAAUAUGCGUUUUCCGAGAAGAAAUGGGGUUCAACGGAGGCGCUUGAUGCUGAGUUUGAGCGGCGAGAAAGUGAUAAGAAACGGCGACGGGAGGCCAAAUUCAAAACGAAGCUGCAGGAGCUGAAGAAACGCACACGUGUGGAGGCUUACCGACGCAAUCGACAAGGUGCUUCGGGUGGAGAGUUUGGCGACGAUCUUGGUUCUGGGCGGAAGCAUGUCCAUCAAUGGGGCCGAUCCAUUGAGAAUCCAGAAACUGGAAUUGGUAUCAAGACGUGUAUAGAAUGUGGGAUGGAGGUGGAAGAACUUGAGUUCUAG